GUGAAUGACUACGGUGCUCGCGCAAGCAAGGACCUAAUUGUUACUCGGGGAGAUGGUUUCCGUAAAGAGAAGAACAAGAAAAAGCGAGGAAGUUACCGCGGCGGCGAGAUCACUGUAAGCUUCCCUUCCCCAGUAAUACGAUAUUUCACCGACCACAUUUCCGUUGCGUAUAGCUGGAGAGUCAUAGUUUCAAGUUCACGGACUGAUCUUGGCAGGGUCGGUCACAACAAGGACGCUGCUACGUUAGACGGAUCGGGCACGGCAAACCUACGCCUUGCUCAAAUCGAUCAUGCGGGAUGUUCAUCCCAUGACCCGGGAUGA